GUGUGAGUGCUGUGGGGUUGUUUUGGAGUAGUAUUGGGGAAGGAGAAAUAACACUUGUAGUGGUAGUGUGAUUUACCUGUUGGUGGGAGGGAGGUGGUUGUUGCCUGGGAGUUUGGAGUAUCUGUAACCGAGCCCCAAAUAAAUCUGUGCCAGCUCACCCAGUUGUUUGCCCCAUUGUGUCAUUGCCCCAGGAGAUCCUAAAGGGUGUGUGGGUAGCAUUGUGCUGUGUGAAAGGGUUAAGGGGAAGAAUUAAAGACUCAGUACAAAAAUAGUCAUUAGGCAGUGGGGGUCCUACACCCUGGGCCACCACACUGCUUGAAUUUGGCGUAGUCGGCAGGAUCUCCUCGAGCACGACAUGGAUGGGACAGCACCUGGGGUACAGGAGUUGUCAGGUGGGUGGCCAUGGUUUUUGGGGGGGGCUUGGAUGACCCGCUUCGAUGGGUCCGCUAAGGGGACGUAUCAAGAAUGGAGGCGGGUAGUCGGGGUGGGUCUCCGGGCGCAGUCACUCUCUGCAGUCCAACAGGUGGAUUUUGUUCUUAGUGCUUUGGAAGGGGAAGCGAGGCGAGAAGUGGAAUUAUUGAGGGAAAAUCAGCGGGAUACUGCUGAGAAGAUAUUGGAGGCAUUGGAUAGACUUUAUGGGGAGGGUGCCGGGCUGGCCCAGUUGAGGGUUGAGUUUUUUACCUGUCAACAACAGUCUGGGGAAGGGGUGGGUUCGUUCAUCCUCCGUCUCCGGGAGUGUCAUUAUAGAUGGCGGAAGAAGGAACCAGUCCGGGAUGAGGAUGAUGACGACGCUACCCUUCGAAGUCAACUGGUGACUGGCCUCCUAGCGGGGUCGACUAAGAGGGAAUUACAGCGACUUAUUCGACGAGCCAGCCGGUUGACAUUUAUGGAGGCAUGUCGGGAGGUGAAAGAAAUGGAGAAGGAGGAGGGGCCCGGCACCGUAAUGGAAGGUGUGGAUGCCCGGAGGACGUUUCUGCCCCUACCUACUGCAGCCACAGAGCCCGCCACUGCCCCUUCACUUGAUUUGGAAACGUUACGGUCAUCCCUGAGGGAGGACCUUUUGAGGGAGAUGAGUGACCAAGUACGGGAGCUGAAGCAAGUUUUGGAAGGAUGGAGUCAGGUUCGAGAGGGGCAGGCGAGUGCUCCUGGGACCACAUUGGUAGUUCCCCCUUCUCGUCGGCGUGGCCGCACUUAUGCAAGUUCGGGGGGACCUCGUUGGGAUGAACAGGGGCGUCCCAUUUGUCUGCGCUGUGGAGAGGCGGGACAUAUGGUAAGGAGUUGCCCUCGGGGAGAAACGACGGUGGUGAAUAGUCGAGGGGUGCAGCCGGAAGCCAGCAUGUCCACGACGCCUGUUGGGUUGCGGGAGGCGCUGGUGGGGGAGAGCCCGGUUCUGGAAGUGCUGGCAGCUGGAAGGCUGGUACCCUGUAUUCUGGAUACUGGCUCGCAGGUCACUUUGUUUAGUCGUAGUAUAUUUAAUCAGUGUGUGAAGGGUAUUGAGGUCAAGGGGGCGGCUGAAGUCCCAUGGCUAGCCCUUAAGGCAGUGAAUGGGUUGUCCCUCCCGUAUGUGGGCUAUGUGGUGCUGGACUUCACGGUGGCUGGGGUGGAGAUUCCUCAGCGAGGGGUGGUGAUCGUGGAGGACCAGCACCUCCCGGCCCCAUAUGGGAUUUUGGGGAUGAACGUAAUCAGGCAUUGUUGGGAGGUAUUGCAGACACGGGGGGGAGCCCAGGUGUCUUUGUUUCGUUCUGCCCUCCCACAGAGUGACCGGCGAGCCUGGGAUCAGGCUUUCACUGUAUGUCGGCGAUUGGAAGCAGCGGUGAGGGGACCGGUGGUGGAACAGCUUGCCAGAUUGCGGACCGAGAAGCCAUGGGUGUUGAGUCCCGCCACGGAGAAGCUGAUCUGGGCAGACGUGCCCCGGGGGCAUUUGCGAGAUGGGGACCAGGUCCUGGUGGAAGACUAUCGAGGGGGCCAGCAGGAGUGGUGUGUGGCUCGAGCUGUGGCACGAGUAUGUGAGGGGAGAGUGCCACUUCGUAUUUGUAAUCUCCAUCAGUAUCCUGUGGAACUCCCUCCUCGACGUCCACUGGCCCGAGUGGAGAAGAUCACAGCUGGGUGUGUGCAGCCUCAGAAGGAGUUGGUGUUGCGCCAGCCACAGGGGGGGGUGGUUGACGUGGAGGUGCGGCCAGUGGCCGGGGCUUUGCCUGAGCAACUGCACGCCCUGGUGGCUGACAGCACGGGGUUGACCCGUGAGGAGGGUCGGCAGCUGCAGGAACUGUUGGAGCGGUGGCAGAGGGUGUUUGCCCGGGACGAGGAGGACCAUGGUUGUACAGAUGUGGUAUACCAUUGCAUCCCCACGGGGGUGGCGGUUCCCUCGAGGGAACGUUACCGGCCUGUUCCCCCCAGUCUGUAUCCAGAAUUGCGGGAGUUGUUGAAAUCCAUGCUUGAGGGGGGAGUCAUUACAGAGAGUGCUAGUCCCUGGGCUGCCCCGAUAGUGUUAGUCCGUAAGAAGGAUGGCUCCUGGAGGUUUUGUGUAGACUACCGAAAACUGAAUGCUGUGACCCAUAAGGAUGCUUACCCUCUCCCGCGGAUCGAGGAGUCAUUGACAGGGUUGAAAGGGGCAGCCUGGUACUCCACCCUGGACCUGGCAAGUGGAUACUGGCAGGUGGAGGUGCACCCCAACGAUAAAGAAAAGACUGCCUUCACCACACCUAUGGGCCUCUACCAGUUCGAACGGAUGCCCUUUGGUCUGUGCAAUGCACCAGCAACCUUCCAGCGACUGAUGCAGCGGUGUCUGGGUGAGCAGGUUUAUGACUACUUGCUGAUUUAUCUGGACGAUGUGAUUGUUUAUUCUCCCGACUUUGGGGGGCAUCUGGAACAUUUGGAGAAGGUGUUUGCACGGCUGGAGGCUCACGGUCUUAAGCUUCAGCCAGAGAAGUGUCGGCUGUUCCAACGGGCCGUCCGCUACCUGGGUCAUAUAGUCAGCCGUGAGGGGGUGACCACGGACCCCGAGAAGACGGAGGCAGUACGGGGGUGGCCUCGCCCAGGAACAGUACGGGAAGUGCGGUCUUUCCUGGGGUUUGUGGGGUACUACCGGCGGUUUGUACCGGGGUUUGCUAAAAGAGCAGCUGCGCUCCAUGGGCUGCUGAAAGGUGCUGGCUCCUCGUCAAGACAGAAGAUCGAAUGGACCAAGGAGUGUGAGGAAGCAUUCCAGGCUCUGAAGGAGGCCCUACUUGAAGCCCCGGUACUUGCUUAUGCUGACUAUACCUUGCCAUUUCGCCUGUAUACUGAUGCUAGUCUUCGGGGGUUGGGGGCUGUUUUGACCCAGGUGCAAGGGGGGCAGGAAAGGGUGAUUGCUUAUGCCAGCCGGAGCCUCCAUGAGGCGGAGCGCAAUGAUCAGAACUAUAGUGCCUUUAAACUGGAGCUAUUGGCCUUAAAGUGGGCAGUAGUAGAGAAGUUUAAGGACUACUUGUGGGGAGCUAGGUUUGAAGUAUUCACCGAUCAUCGCCCCCUCUUGCAUUUGAAGACUGCCAAAUUGGGGGCUGUGGAGCAAAGGUGGGCGGGUCAGCUGGCAUCAUUUGACUAUGAGUUAAGGCAUAAACCUGGCCGGGAGCACCAGAAUGCGGAUGCCCUGUCGCGACGAUCAGGUAUGGCGGUGGUGGCACAGAUUGGAUCCAUAGAGGAUUGGGCGGAGCGGCAGAGUGAAGAUUCGGCAGUGGCCCAGAUUCGGCAGUGGGUGUUAUCCGGGGAACGUCCAACUGUGAUGGCUGGCCGAACUGUUGGAGGGAUGGGCCGGUGCCUGUUGGAAGAUUGGGAGCUACUGAGAGUGGAUCAAGGGGUGUUGCGGCGUAGAUCCCCAGUGGGAGGUGAAGAGAGCUGGGCUGUGGUGGUUCCGGAGAAACAGCGCCAACAAGUGUGGUUGGAGUAUCAUCGGGCAUUGGGGCAUGCCCGAGGGCGACGGAUGGUCCUGGCCCUGCAAGAGAGGUUCUACUGGCCUGGCAUGCGAAGGGAUGUGGAGCAGAGGCAGCGUGGCUGCCAGGAGUGCCUGAUUGGGAGCCGGGGGAAGGGAGAGCCCCUGCCCCUAGGGGGGAUUAAUACCAGCUACCCCUGGGAGGUGUUGGCGGUGGAUUACCUGUCCAUGGGGCGCCCCGGAGAUACUUACCCAUAUGUGCUGGUCGCCAUUGAUCUGUUUUCCAGGUUCGCUUUUGCAGUACCGACCAGGGAUCAGACAGCCGCGACGGCGGCCAGAGUGAUCUGGGGGGAGGUGAUCCAGCGUUAUGGCUGCCCCGAGCGGCUGCUGUCUGACCAGGGGCCUGCCUUCGAGUCACAGUUGGUGAAAGAACUGUGUGAAGUGUAUGGGUGCCGGAAAGUGAGAACUACUCCUUACCACCCGCAGGGCAAUGGGGCUUGUGAGCGGUGGAACCAAACGCUGCUACGUCUGUUGAACACGCUCUCGGUGCAAGAGCAGGGUCGUUGGGCGGUACAUCUACCGGAGCUGGUGCAGGCCUAUAAUUGCACCCCGCAUAGCAGUACGGGUUUGUCCCCAUUUUGGGUUUUGUUUGGGCGGCAACCUCGGUUACCUAUAGAUCAGCGAUGGGGGACCUGUGAUCUGGCCGGAGGAGAGGCCGGGUCGGAGUGGGUCCGUGGGCAUCGGAGACGAAUGUGGGCAGCCUGCAAGGAAGUGGAAAGGGGAACAGAGCGCCGGCGGCAAGGGGAUCGGCGCUAUCACAAUGUAGGGAAACGUAGAUGGUUGCUGGCCCCAGGGGAUCGUGUUCUGGUGAGGAACUUCCGUCGACGAGCUGGAGGCAAGGUGAGCCCAUAUUGGCAAACUAACCCUUGGGUGGUGGUGCGACAACGGGAUCUGGAGAGCCCAGUGUUCCAGCUGCGGCCGGACGGAAGAGAGGGCCCUCUCCGGACUCUCCAUCGACGGCACCUGCGGCCAUGCCCCCCAGGAUGGAUAUCGGUGACACCGGAGAUGGGGGGUGAGCUACGGAGGGCUGGGGUCUGUCCUCGACCAGGACCGUCUCGUCCCAGGGGUUGGCCUGGUGAUUGGGAAGAGCCAUGGGCUGGGACGGCUGAACAGGUAGUAGAAAGGCGGCUACCGGCGGAGGAUGGGGAGCCGGUUGUGGAGGUUGAGCCAGUUCCGGAGGUUGUGGAGCCCGUGCGUCGAUCCCAGCGAGCCAACUUUGGGAUAAGGCCAGCCCGGUAUAGGGAGUAGGUGCUCGGGGCGAGCCCCCAUUUGGUGGGGGGGAGUGUGGUGUCCCCUGGGAGGGGAAGGGGGAAUUAUAAUUUAUGGGUUGUUUAUGGUUUGUUUUUUUUAUUCUCUUUUUUGUUUUUCUUUUCCUUUCAGCAGUGCCACGAAAGCUUGGGGAGGUUGCGCCGUCCCUCAUUGGUAAUUGAGGGGCGGGACUUGUUAGAUUGGUUGGCGGAGGCGUGGACUUGAUCGGGUUUAAAGAUGGCUACAUCAGAGUGGA